AUGAGCAGUUUUGAACUCUGGUUCGACAGUGAUGUGGAAAGUGAUGAUAUCACAGAGGAAGAUUUGUCGUCUGUAAGAAUUGAACGCCGUAGACUGCGAGAUGCGUCAAAUCCUCUGGAUUUGCCUUCCGAUACGUUUGUUAACUAUUUUCGAGUCUCCAAAGAUUUGUUCAAUCACCUUUUGAACAUCCUCGAUACAAAACUUGGUCCAACAGUGGGAUCAGCAUCUGUUCUACCCAUUAUCAAGCUAGCUGCUGCUUUGAGGUUUUUUGCUGAAGGUGGAUAUCAAAAAGGAGCCGGAAAUGAUCUUUUCGUUGGAGUUGCUCAGCCAACCCUGUCGAAAAUUUUAACGAAAGUAAUUGAUGUAUUUGAAGAACAUGUGUGUGCAACAGUGAUUACAUUUCCUACUAACGAAGCAGAAAAAAAUUCUAUUAAAAUGGGAUUUUUUGAAAAGACUGGAUUCCCAGGAGUCAUUGGAUGCGUCGAUGGUACUCAUGUAAAAAUAUUUAAGCCAAGAUCUGACGUGCAGCAUUUAUAUUACAAUCGGAAGGGAUACCAUAGUUUGAACGUUAUGGUGGUAUGCGAUCAUAACAUGAUCAUACGGUAUGUCGAUGCAAACCACCCUGGCUCUUCACAUGAUUCGUUUAUUUGGAACACAAGCUCUCUCAAUGACAUGCUAGAAACGAACUUCAUGAAUGGCGAGAGGAACUCGUGGAUUUUAGGUGAUGCUGGCUAUGCUUUAAAACCUUUUUUGAUUACUCCUUAUCGAACUUCAGGCAGCUCCCAAAACAAUGAAUUGAAGCUCAGAUUCAAUCAAAUUCAUUCAAAAACGAGAUGGAUUGUCGAGCGGUCGUUUGGGGUCCUGAAAAAUGUUUUUCGAUGUAUUCUGGGUGCACGUCAGCUACAUUAUAAACCCGAAAAAGCUACUAAAAUAAUCAAUGUAUGCUGUGCCUUGCACAACCUUCGCAUAAGAUUUAAUGUACCACUGCAUGAAACUAUACCCCAAUUCGAAGCAGAUUUUCAGGAAGAAGAAGCAGCUGAUGAUAAUGCAAAUGUUACUGCUGCUAAUAUCAGAGAUGAGAUAAUGUAUGCAAUUUUCCAAAAUAAUCGAUAGUGUUUUAGCUUCAAGAUAUAACAAAAAACGAUUAAAUGUUUCAUAAAUAUAUACUAUUUUCAAUCCCCAUGCUCGA